AGGUAGAACCGACAAAGCCCACGAUAUGAGCAUCCAAGCUUGUAAGAACUGUCCAAACUUGGAGGUGUACACGCCAAACUUAAAUGGGCACGAGAAUAGGUGGCAAUCCCAGUCAGUGCGAUGUGACGAACUACAGACAAGCACCGAGACAAAACACCCUUUGACCAUCAUUUUCGCUCAGGCGGACGCUGUUCGCGAAUGCGAAAGUUGCAAGAAGACCUUCGAAGACCGGUUUGGGAUUUACAAGUUCUGGUGGACUAAUUGGGCCCGUCGUUCGAACGGAUACUAUGGCUGCGAAGAGCACGGAGACGAGGAAAACCAGCUCAAGACAUACAACACAUGGUUUCGUUUCUUGGUCAAGAUGACUGAGCCGGCUCCUGGCUCACGCAAAAUCGCAUACCACUGGCUCAAGUGGAAUGUGUUCACUCACUGGGUGUCGAAAACGAAGCAGACGUUUCUCAUUGCGUUCGAUCCGAAGGAUUUUGUCAAGAAGGUCAUUCUUUCGAUAACACUCCCAGCACCACUGGACCUAUCCCAGGAGCCGCCUACGGUGAGGUGUAUCUAUGAGGAUCCAUACUGGGUCCAUGUCCCGAUUCUGGAACAAGUUGCCGACAGUCAAGACGUCGCCGUGUGGAAAAUCCGCGACUUAGUCCGCACCCGAGAAAAGAGCCGACCCGAUGUCGCCGCGCCGAAUCCCGACUACGAACGGGACCACGACAUCGCCCGCCACGCCAUCCACGUCUCUGAGACGGUCGAAUUGUCCACCAAGACGUUGGAUCAUAUACUAUACAUGCACAAAGACUUUGCGAGACGCCAUCUUCCCGAGCCAAAGCCAGGCGAGGUCUCGAGCUAUCAUCAGAUCGACAAGCAGCUGUGGUUUCUCGAGCACACGAUGCACAGCCUGAAAGCUCGAUCAGUAUCAAACAAGGAUCGUCUCCUCAACGAGAUCCAGCUUGCUUUCAAUAUUGUGUCGCAGUACGACUCGCAGACGUCCGUUUUGAUUGGGCGGGCGACGCAGUACGACAGCUAUUCGAUGCGGACCGUGGCCUUCUUGACGCUUGCCUUUCUUCCCGCUACCUUUAUCUCGGCCGUGUUCAGCAUGUCGUUUUUCGAUAUUGACGACGACAUGAACUGGCGAGUCUCGGCAAAGAUCUGGAUGUACUUUGCCAUUGCUGGACCAGUGACAAUCGUGGCCGUGUCGGUAUGGCUUUUUUGGCAAAAGCUGAUUCCUGCGGAACGAGUCGCCUACGCCGAAAUCAGCGAUCGGGGUCGAGUCGAUAGUGGGAGAGGCAGCAUCCGUGGGCCUUGGAACGGAUCAAAGUUUGCACAUGCGCCAUAUAGUUUCCAAGUUUAGUGUCGCGUUCAAUCCAAUGU